UUACUUCAUUUAACAGAUAGUAUUCAGGCCACAGGGCCAUGCUGGGCAACGUGGCAGUUCCCAAUGAAACGUCUAUGUGGAAUGUUAUUGCCAUUAGUUAAAUCUAAAUUGCAUCUAUAUCAAAGUCUUAUCAAUAAUAUUAUUUUGCGUGAACAGUUUAAUCAUCUA